GGAAUCCCGUUCUCCUUGGGGCUCUCCACCCUUCUAAGCUCAUCUCGCCCAGGAAACUUCCCCAGAUCAUCCCCGCCCUCUUCCGCCAGCCCCGACGGCCAGUGCUUCGUGAGCCUUCGAAUCUUCAACACCAUCCUCUCUCCCAAUUAUCCCCGUGGGAAAUAGAUUCAGAGAGGGAAAGGGUCGUGUUUGCAUUCCUAGCUGAUAGUAGGUCCCUGGCGCUUAAUAAGCGCCUGAUAAACGCUUGGCCAUCUUGAUAAAACUCGAGGUUAGAGCUGAACCUCAUUUUAUAGAGCAGGCAAGUGUCCCUGGCAGAAACAGAGAAGCCUACCCAAAGGUCAUCUGAGGACAGAGGGAACAGAACCAGGAGCAAUAUGUGGAACUUAAAGGGAGGCAGAUUUUCUCUCUCUAGUCCUAAAAUCGGAGCCACCCUACAGUGGAACAGGCUGCCCUGGAUUCCCAGGCAACGGGAAGUGUUCCAGCAGAAAAUGAAUGACUGUCUGUCCUUUCUGGCUUGAACAGUCUACAGCAUUACCUUCUGCCUCCUCCUCCCUUCGUCAUCCAAGGUUCACUCAACAAGAUGUCAUCUGCUGCCCCUCAUGGUCACAACCGGUCAAGUCCUCAGCCAGCUGCAGGUGAAGAGGGCGAGGACCCCGUGGAACAGAUGAUCUCACGCACAGGUUGCAUAACCUUUCACCAUGCUGUGAUGGAGUGUGUGGCUGAGCACCAUGACUGGAGGAAGUGCCAGACCCAAGUCAAGGCCUUCAGGGAUUGUGUGAACCAGUACCAGAAGAACAGGCUGGAAGAGCUGCUGAGGGGGCAGAAGCCUGUCCCCACUGAUGGCUAAGACACCCAGAGAAACUAGCCUGAGGAAGGUUUAACACCCACCUAACUCAGGAUGACUAGGAAGAGCUGGGGAAAGGAACCUCUGAACAUAUGGAGCAUGUUCCUGGAGGGUAGACAACUCAGAACAGCCAAUUCAAUGCAAAUUAAGCAGAUCCUGGGUUUCAGUCCAGUGCUUAAUCCCUGGGGAGGGGGGGGGGCGGGUGGAGAGAGGAGGAAUAUGCUGACAAUAUCCUCUUGCUUUUAAAGGCUCCCCACCCACACAAUGUUCCCAUACCUAAGACUAUGUUGAUUGUUUGGAAAUUUAAAUAAGUAAAUCCCUAGCCUAAAGUCA